AUGGCGAAUACUUCAAAGCUGAAAAAUGAUAACUUUGAUUGCGAUUUCCCUGGAUGUGGUAAGUCUUUCUCGAGAAAGGACCACUUACGAAGGCAUCGUUUAAACCAUGAUGAUAAUGCUACAUUACACGGAUGUACAUAUCCUGGAUGUGAAAUGAAAUUUAAAAGAUAUGACGUUAUGGUUGGGCAUUAUGAGCGUCAUUUCAAGAAGAAAAAGAAGACGCCAAUUAGAAAGGCAGACAACUCAACUAAUGGUAUAGUCACAGGCUCUGAUGUUUCACAACAAAAUAGGUCUUCAACUGGGCAAGGGAAUUUACAUGAUGUAUCAGAGGGAAUUGAUAAUUUUGUACAGACAGACUUGAUGGAUUGGCUAUUUGACUCAAAGGGGCAUUCUGGUAAUUAUUCGGCUCUAUAUAGCUCUCCUGAACUGGCUAAUACAAAUGAUGGUCUGACACGUCAAUAUAUGAACCUCAAGCAACAAUUUCCCAGUUCAUUGGUAUUUGAGAAUUCUCCAAAUUCUUUACUAUCAGAGCUUUUCAAAGCAGACUUCAAUUAUACCUCAAAUUCUCCAACCAAUUCGUCAUUAGUAACAUCUGAGAUGUUGAGGACUUUCCUCCAUUUGGUGCCUAGUUUGAAGCAGUUUCCGGACUUUAAUAUCCCAACUUUAGAAUAUUGCUUGAAAACGUACUGGUCAAUAUUCCAUAUCCAGUUUCCAAUUAUACAUAAGCCGUCAUUUAAUAGUUUGAGUGCUCAACCUUUGCUAGUAAUAUCAAUGAUAAUGAUCGGAUCUAUUCUUUCGUGCUCGUCUAGAGAUAUAUUAAUUGACCCCUCUGGGUUCUCACUAGAAAUAGGAACAGAACUACGCUGGUUAAUUUUCAGACAUAGAAAGCAUGGACCAUCACAACCAUGGGAACUUCAAAGUUUGAUCAUUUUGGAGGUUUACGAGAAACAUUUUGGAAAUAGAGAUUUACAUGAAAGAUCGUCUGUGCAUCAUGCAGCGAAAAUAGAAAUGAUGAAACGUAGCACAGUACUUGGAGGGGACCCAUAUGCUCAAGAAAGUAGGUCUGUAGCAUACUUAAGAGAAAAUGAAGGAGAAGCAUUAUGGUAUAAAUGGAUUGCUGCGGAAUCUAUGAAAAGAUGUGCGUUAGUGUCAUUUUGUUUUGAUUUAACAAGUUCAAUGAUAUCCUCACAUAACUCAAUCUUGUUUGUCGAUAAAUUGAAAUUGGCAUUACCCUGUGAUGACAUUCUAUGGGAAUCCAACUUCGAUGCUCUUAAAGAUUUUUCUUUGCAUGUAAAACCUGACUCGAUCCGUGAUUGUUUGCGGAAAAUGUUAAGAGAUGAAAAAAUUGAGACUAGUUCAUUUGGAAAGAAAGUAUUAUUACAUUCUCUAGCUUCGUUGAUAAUUCAACUUGAAAACAAAGAUGAUCUUGUGUCUCUAAUAAAUGGCAUGGAACAUGACAUUCUUAGAGAUACAUGGAGACAAAAGUUAUCUUACGCAUUGGAUGCUUGGAAAUUCAACGUUGACAAAGAAAUUUGCAGUAAUGUUGAACCUUUACUAGUGGACUUAAAAGCAAAAGAAAAAAGUGACCUAAAUGCUUCAUAUUUUCACCCAAGCGAUACUAAGUGUAAGUUUCCAACUUAUCACAUGGCACAUAUCAGAUUGCAUAUCGUUAAUCAUGAUAUGCUAAUUUACGCAGGAGUACCCUUGAGGAUGAAUGUCGAAUCUCAAAUGGAGGAUUAUGAAAAUGUAUCAAUGAGAAUGAAAAGAUGGGCAAAUUCUUCGAAUGGAAGAGUUGGUGUAGUUCAUGCUUACUUGUGUUUAUUUGAAUGUUUAUUGGAAGGCGAUGAAUUUAAUUACUUACCAAGAUUAGACCCAGUACCGGAAAGGCCACAUGUAGUUGUUGCCUGUAUUUUGAUAAUAUGGUGCUAUAAUUUUAUAAUCUACGGACCUGAAUCAAAUAACUACUCUAAUGACCAUAUUGUCUUUAAGGAAACAGCUUUUCACUAUUUGCAUAGAAUGCGGGAUAUGUUUAAUUCGAUAAUUGUACUGAGUACAAAUGCGUUAGAGUUCCAUAUGAGCGUUAGAAAGUGUGCCAAUAAUUUACCAAAGUUUGAUCAUACUCACUAUAUUGCUGGAUUUAUGGAUGAAGUGUCCAAAUUAUUUAGUAACUGCCUUUGGGCAUUAGGUAGAGAGUAUUCUAGGUUGUUUAGAGGGUGCCAGGAGAGAUCAAGAGGCAAAAAAGUGAUAUUUUGUAUUGAUAUGUAUAAAGAUGAAUACAGAAAAAAAUCUCUAUAUUAG